AUGCGGCUCGACAACCUCGACGACGGCAGCAACUCACCCCGCAGGCUCCAGGCCGCGUACCAUGACGCCCUCCAGACCUCCUACGGCUACUUCAAGGCGCUGCACAACUCUGCCGACUCGGCAUCGUGGAAGCCUGUCUCACUACCAGAAUCUGUGACGAGCGCAGGCAGACCCAGCUCCUCCGCCAAAGGUCUUGGGAAGGCCCAGGCGGAAAAUGUGGCCGUCCACAGGAGAACCUCAAAGUACGGCGAUGUCUAUAGGGCUACGGUAGAAGUGGAUUGUGGGAGUGAUAUCAGUGUGGAUACAUUCAGAGGAUGUCUGGUCACCCCAGAAACAAGAGCAAUGUGGGACCGCAUGGUGGAAGAGGCGACAACUCUGGAUAUUCUCGACGCACACACCAGAGUGACCAAGACCAAUUACAGACUGGGAUGGCCUUCCAGCCCCCGAGACGCUGUGACCAUCUCCAAAACCUUCGUAGACUCGCAUACUCUCAUCGACAUUUCCACCUCCCUGCCCCGCUCCAAACACGAACCCGCCUAUCUUCGCCCAGCCCCGCCAUACGUCCGAGCUCACGUAUCACUACUAGCAUGGUGUAUACAGCUCCCGUCAUCACCUGCCGCUCCUGAGGGACCGGCUGAGGGCCAAGUCCGAGUGUCGUGCUUUUGGAAUUGGAAUCCCAACGGAACGUGGGCGGUGGGCGGGGGGGUGCCGCAGCACUUGCCUUUUCUUGUGGCUGGAUUGAUCAAUCAUGUGCGGGAUGGGAGCGACAAGGUGCCCGUGCUGUCGGCGUACGGGCCGGACGUCUCCAUCGGCUCUGUAUCGUACGACACGUCAAGGGUCACGCUCAACGUGCACUAUGCCAUUGUCAGCACAGCCUCACAGAAUGAGGAGACUGAGAGCCUGAGGCGGCAGGUGGAGUUUGGACUGUCUUCGACACAGAGCUGGGAUAUCCAAAUCAGCGUCAAAACUCAACUCGGAAAGGAGUCUUCCUCGACUAUAUGGACGUCCUUUGUCAGACAAGCGGCCAACGCUUCUCCAGAUGCUUCACCUCCCAAACGACUCGUUCUGCGAUUCGCCCACUCCCCUCUGGAACCCGACGAAGAGCUUGUGAGGGUAAACGUGUCGAUAGAGCGCACCUCUUCUUCGACGGCUGGAGUCCGGAUCAACGGUAUCCCCGUCGCUGUAGAGCGCGCAGAGUCGGAUUCGCAUUUCUCGGAGCGUGUGGAAAAGAAACAGAGGCCGUUGUUGGAGGAUACGGCGAGUCUGACGGGAGUGUCAUUGCGGACAAUGAAUACUACGGCGGAGAAGAAGGGGCCCAGGGACGACCAGGAGGGAGCGGUAAUGAAGGGGAGAUCAAGUUUGAUCCGAAGAAAUUACAUUUAUUUCACUUCCCUCCUGCAAGAACCCGAACCUAAAUGGAAACCCGUCCUAGACUCGCGUGGAGUCGCUAUACAUCAGCUGGACUCGAUUGACAAGACACUGGUCGUCUAUCGAGCAGAGGCUGUGUUUGUGGGUGUCGGUAUAUGGGAUUUGUUUGCUGUUCUUGCUACACCUGGGGCGAGGUCGGUGUGGGACAAGACACAUGAAGAUGCGACUUUGGUGGAGGAUGUCAACGAGUUGACGGAUUUAUGGCAUUUGCAAUCAAAAGCCGCAUGGCCUGUCUCGGCGAGAGAUUCAGUGAUGCUCCGAACGACAUACAAAUCCCCAUCUUCCGUUCAUCUCUUCGGGUUUUCAAUUGAAGAUACCAAUCUCUUCCCUUCCAUCCCUCCAUCCACCGACCCAACCGUCAUCCGUACACAGAUCGACCUGCAAGGAUGGUCUAUCGAAUCUCUUUCUCCCAAUACCACCCAGGUGACAUUGCUCGAGCAGAGUGACCCUAGGGGAUGGUCCGGUAAGGGAAGCAUACCGCAGGUCAUGAUGAGCACUUUGGCGGGUGUCGGCGAAUUCGCAAUCAAACACGGCGGCCCUCCUGUCUGUACGAGACUCGGAGGGGCCAGAACGCUGUUGUCGCGAUACGACGUCGAAGCCGAGACAUUCAAGUUUGAAUACCAGCCCGCGAAAGCCCGGCGUUCAGCUUCAUCCAGUAUCGCCACCGACGAUGGUUCCCUGCGUUCGGUGAGCGAUGAUGGGAGUAGAGGAAAGAUUGAGUGUGAGAUCAGGUGUGAUACGGAUCAGUGGUCGAAUUCGUUUGCGAUUGUGAUCGAUCCGCCCCAGCAAAACAUCUCGGCGCUUCGCAGGCACAAGCUGUCGCCCAAUGCCGGGGGGUUGUGGCUCACUAUCGAGCAUGACCCGGUGCUGCUUCACGGCGGUAAAGUCGCCAUCACUGUGCGGAGGGGCGUCGCCGUACAAGGGUCAAAGACGCAGGUGAUUGUGAAUGGAAGUAAAAUCAAGGUCGAUGUCGAGGACCUUCCUGAAGCCAAGGUGCAACUCUUGAAGAAGCAGAAGCGGGGACGUCCUACGCGCGCACCUCUCGAUCAGCCGCCCGGCCUGAGGCUAAGGAAGAAACCCAGCACAGAUCUAGCGGGCGUAUCGACAGCCUUUGCCCCUGCCUCGCCCCUGUUACCUUCACCAACCAGUACAUGGGGCAAGAUGGCUUCCAAGUGGUACACCCUCGCUGCAGAAUCUACUCGCUCUGCCAUCAUUCCUGUACCAGCGUCUUCACCUCUUCCUCAAGUCGGCACGACACCUGUCGAAGCGUCGGUGAAUGCUCUGAAACAGCUGUCGCGUAUACAUACGGACCGGGAUGGAGAGUCGACUGCUCCCGACGCUUGGCAGCCCGUCUCGGAACGGGAUGGUCUCAAGAUUGAGAAACGUAUCGUUUCUCACGUCUCUGAGACUUUCCCCGUCUUUAGAGCUGGGCGGAUCAUUGAGGGAUUCACGGCCGAGGAGGUCAGUGCGUCAGUUGGUGGACUGCGGGAAGAUGAACGAUUCGAGAAGCCGACGGUGCUUGAAGAGUAUGGGUGGGGAAUCAAGACUUCGCAUGUUGUCGCCCACACGACUUUCCCUUUCAGAGGACGAAGUCUGUUGGUUGCCAGUGUCGUGGCCAGGAUGGCUGAACCUGCUCCUCCUUCACCUUCCAUCCAUGGUCCCCAGACGCCUCUAUCGACGAUCUUUCACUCCCGCACUUCCAACUUUGACCCCUCGACAACCAACCUCGACGCGUCCAAGUACAACCCCACCUCGCUACCUCCCGGUAAUAUGAUCCUUGAGGGCUGGAUCUUGGAGACCAUCGACCCUUACUCUCACGAGCAGUAUGCCAUCCCUUCGACGAGGUGCAUGUACCUCGCCAGUGUGGACUACUCGUGCAGUAUGCCGCUUUCGGUCAACAAUGUGCUCAAUCAGUCUCUGCCCAGAAGUCUUCUUGCCAUUGAAUCAAUCUUGAAGAAUGAGGGUCCGCCUUCGAGGGGGCGAGAGCCUGGGAUGGUCGUGCUCGCCCCAGAGCAGAAAGAGAGGCUGGGAAGCUCUGAAAAGGUUGGAUGGGGUUUGGAGAAUGUGGAUGAAGGCCGCAUGGGAGUGCAGGAGACGAAUGACGGUGACGAGUACUCUUUGAGCGUCGUUCUUCAGGCCGGACCGCCCAGCUCCUCUGCCUCUCCACGGGAUGGUAGUGGGACUCUUAGUCCGCCUUUGAAGCAUACAGACUCGAGGUCGAGCGUGAACAGCCGAUCUACAGUCAUUGACCUGGGGGAGGAGAUCAGAAAGGGCCGGAAAGACCUGAUGGUCAUGGAGGUCGAGAUUGGGAGCAAGGCGGUCAAGAACGGGUGUGAGAUUGAGCUCAACGCCGUGUCUCUCCCCGUGGCUCUUCACUCCACCUCACCAGGAUCCGAGCCGGGGACAGAUGGUACCACCACACCCACAGGCCUUUCUGCGACUGCAAGCAUCGAUGGGCUACCCCUGACGUUACCCAAUCAACCGCUGGGCCUCCCUUUCAAAGUUUCGGUCAUAUCUCUGGCGCCUUCUGUACUGCAAGCCGCUUCUCUUGACCCAUCUUUGCCUCCCCGACAUCUGCUUCGCGUCACUUUACCAACGUCUGGCUUUGACGCUCCUAUCAUCAAUGACCCCUUGACAGGGCCCGGCACUCCUAUGCCACGCCCGAGGUGGUUAUUGGACCUCAUCAAUGAUGGCGCCGUUGUGAGCUUGAAGCUCAAGGUGACCAAGUCACGGGAAAGCAAAAUUCUUGACGGAGAGGGGCCAGAAGGAGAAGUCGUUGUGCAAGAUGAGAAACGAGCCAAACACUUGGGGUUGAGAGAUGGUACGCGACCAAAUGUACCUCAGCUUGUCGCUAUCUCCUCUGCUGGUGAUCGUGACCCGAAUGAUAAGAGAAUUGUGAGGAGGCUGGAUAAGCCUCUGGCGGUCCGGGAAGAGUAUACCAAGGAAGGGGUCAAGGUCUUGCGCGAUAAGAUGGAGAUCAAAGAUACGGACUCGAGGAGAGAGAGCGAUGUCGAGGUCAACCCCCAUUCGCCAGAACCCCAAUCGGCACUCGCAGAACAAUCUCGAUAUUCUUACAACUUUUGGCGAUACCCUCGUCUGCCCAGAUUUAGCGCGUCCGCACCAGGCACUGCCAAUGGUUCGCCCACAAAGGUGCUUGCAUCUCCUCCACCAUCUAGCGUUGGUGGGUCUGCGGCUGCGGGAGAGGACAAGGCCAAGGCUGUGGUGUUGAGCUCCAAUACCAGUCCAAAUGGACCUGUUGCCACUGGGACAGAGCUACAGCCCUCUGGGUUGCAAGAACAAGCGAACGACGCUUUGCGCCCAGUGACCACUUUGCCAGGUUUGGUCAUUGCGUGCAUCCUCUGUUUCCUCCUGGGCUCUCUACUUCGCUCGCUUCUAAGUGAAGCGGACUUUGUCAUCUAUCAGCCGGCAACGACUUUAAGCGAGAUGCUGCCUGGUACUCAAGGUGUCGGGGAGCAGUGGAGAGAGCUCAAGAGGUUGGCCGAAUGGAAGAUAGGGUGGGACAGGGAUUUGGUGAUUGCCAUCGCAAGAAGGGGUUGA